GUGCCGGAUUCAGGCGUGGCUUUGAAGAGCUUCGGGUUUCACGGGUGACUUUCCAGAGGAGCUGCCGGUUUCAGGGGUGACUUUCAAGAGGAGCUCCCAGCUUCAGGAGUGGCUUUGAAGAGGAACUGCCGCCAGCGUUUCUGUGUGCUGUGCUGUGAUUGCUGCUACAGACAGCUGAGCGGAGAGCAUGGGCAAGCUGGGAAACCACAGUAUGAGAAUGAGAUCCUUUUAGUUGUCAAAACUGUGUUCUACAAAGGUAAACAUCAGAAAGCCUCCAGUGAAUCUCUCCAGUUUUGGUAUAAUAGUCCUCCUUGCUCAACCCAUUUGCUGUUAUUGGCAAAGAAGAGAACCAGAGUAUACAGGAUGGAUGCUGGUCAGUGAUUUCUUGGAGUUUGAUUUUGAUUAGAAUCUUGUCAUUCUUGUUUAAGGGACCAUAAUGCAGUGACCUAUGAUGAUGUACAUAUUGACUUCACUUGGGAAGAAUGGACUUUAAUGGAUCCUUCUCAGAAGAAACUCUAUGAGGAUGUGAUGCUAGAGACCUACAGGAACCUUGCUACUAUAGGAUACAGUUGGGAAGACUGUCAUGUUGAAGAAUAUUAUCAAAGUUCUAGAAGAUAUGAAAGGAAUGAAAGAAGUCAAACUGGAGAGAAACCUUCUUUAUAUACUCAGUGUGUAAAAGCCUUCACAUAUGACACCUAUCUUCAAAGGCAUGAAAGAACUCAUACUGGAGAGAAACCCUAUGAAUGUAAUCAGUGUGGUAAAGCCUUUGCACAACGUGGUCACAUGCAAAGGCAUGAAAGGACACAUAGUGGAGAGAAACCCUAUGAAUGUAAUCAAUGUGGUAAAGCCUUUACACGUGCUAGUCAUCUACAAACGCAUGAAGCAACACACACUGGAGAAAAACCGUAUGAAUGUAAUCAGUGUGGUAAAGCCUUUGCACAACGCAGUCAUCUGCAAAUGCAUGAAAGAACACAUACUAGUGAGAAACCCUAUGAAUGUAAUCAGUGUGGUAAAGCCUUUGCACAUCGCAGUAGUCUGCAAAUGCAUGAAAUGACACAUGCUGAAGAGAAACCCUAUGAAUGUAAUCAGUGUGGUAAAGCCUUUGCAUGUUACAUUACUCUUCAAAGGCAUGGAAGAACACAUACUGGAGUUUCAGGAGCUAGGAAAAUUCCAUUACGAAAUUUCCAGCAGUUCCAGUAACUGGGAGAUCUGUCUGCUUUGAAUAGGGGAUGCUAACAGAUUUGCUGUUGAAUAGCCUGGCCUCAGUGGGGAAUGUCCCCUAGUUUGCAUCUCUACAGAACUAAGCAU